UCUCGCGAUAAUUAUAGAAUAUAAAUACAGCUGCUGUCGCCUCACGCAUUAUCAGUCAGCUCAUCUACAGUUUCGAUACACUUGUAACUAUCGGUUUUGUUUCAGCAGACAUGGCAGCAGCUGCAGUUAUCUCAAAUCAGAAUGUGGUGGAGAGGGUGACCAGCCUUCCUCUGGUGAGCUCCACCUAUGGCUUGGUGUCCAGCGUGUACUCCAACACCAAGGACACCCACCCUUACAUCAGAACCGUGUGUGAGGCUGCUGAGCAAGGAGUCCGGACCAUCACCUCCGUGGCCCUCACCACUGCUUCACCCAUCAUUGACAAGCUGGAACCUCAGAUUGCCAUUGCCAAUAACCUGGCCUGUAAAGGUUUGGACAAGAUUGAGAAAACCCUGCCGAUUCUUCACCAGCCAUCUGAGCAGAUUGUUUCCAGUGCCAAGGAUGUGGUAACCAACGCUAAAGGUGUUGUGACAGACACAGUGUCCGGUGCCAAGGACACAGUCUCAGACACUCUGACCAGCGCAGUGGAAAAGACUCGGGGUGCGGUGCAGGACGGGAUGGACAAGACCAGGGCUGUUGUCAGUGGGAGUGUCAGCACAGUGCUGGAAAGCCGAGUGGCCCGGCUGGUCAGCAGCGGAGUGGACACGGCCCUCAGCACCUCGGAGAGUCUGGUGGAGCAGUACCUGCCUCUGACAGAAGACGAGCUUGAGCUGGAGGCAAAAACUGUGAGAGGCUUUGACAAGAAGGAGCCGAGCUACUACGUCCGCCUGGGUUCCCUCUCCACCAAGCUCCGGAAGCGGGCAUACACCAGGGCCUUGGCCAGAAUCCAAGAUGGCAAGCAGCGAAGCAGGGAAUUCAUUUCGGAGCUGAACUCCACUGUUGACCUGAUUGAAUAUGGCAGAAAGAAUAUUGAUGGGGCUAACCAGAUGGUAAAUGACAAGCUGAGCUCCCUGUUGGCGUGGAAGUCCAGUGGUACAAACCAGGAGGAUGGUCACGAGGCCGAGGUAAUUGAGUCUCGCACCCUGGCCCUGGCACGUUCCCUCACCCAGCAGCUGCAGACCACCUGUCUGGUCCUUGUCGCCAGCCUGCAGGGCCUCCCCAACCACAUCCAGCAGGAGGCGCUCUCCCUCAGCCACUCUGCAACACAAGUCUACAACAGCUUCAGCAAGGCAAAGGGGCUGGGAGACCUACCAGACAGUGUGCUGACCAGCAGCAAAGUCCAGCUGGGCAAAAUCAAAGAUUCCCUAGACAACGUCAUGGAUUAUCUGGUCAAUAACACGCCUCUCAACUGGCUGGUAGGUCCUUUCUACCCGCGGAUGGCCCCAGAGGUGACUCACGCACCUGCUUCUGCUGCCAGCAGCACACAAGCUACGUCCUCCAGCACUCCCUCCACCUGUCAACAUCGAGAGGAGCCUAUGGAUGUCGCGAUGGAGUCACUACAAUCCCAGGAGAACUAGUGAUCCAUUACAGCUUUAUGUUCUGAGUUUUAAGUAAUAUAUUCUGCUUUGUAGGCAAAGAUUUGACACUUUUUUUUAAACCACUGUUGAAUGCAUUAGGAUGUACAACUCUAUCAUAGUUCCAUGUCAAACAAUGCUAUUUUAUACUUUUUAGAAUGUUUUAUUCUUGCUGUAAUCACAGAACCAGAAUUUUAUAAUCGAGACAUGUAAUAGCAAAACUCAAUCCUGUGUUUAUUUCUACAUAAACUUUACUGGAAUCAGA